GUCCGCCUCCUCCGCCCAUCGCCGAGCCCCCUGCCCCCUUCUCCCCGCACGGCUCGCCAGGCGCACCGACACGCCUCCAGUCCCCUCCCCUCCCCACCCCCGGCGCAGGCCGGAGCAGCCCGCCGCCUCCAAUCUUCUCCGGCUGGAACAGCGACAAUUCUUGAUUGAUGCGGAGAUGAUCUCGUCGUGCCCCAUCUGCGGCCACCAAGUCCUGACGGCCGAGCUCGAACGGCACGCGAACAGCCACUUCGAUGAUGACGAGGUUCAGAGGGACAUGGAGUUGGCGCAGUUAGCCAUGGCUGCAGAAUUGAGCACUAGUAAUGUCGUGGAUGUACCUCAACAUAGCAAGCGUCCGUUCCCUAAUGACGAUUCUCUUGCUCAAGGGGCCUCAUCAAGCAUCAUCAGAGGCCCAUCUCCUUAUGAAAAUGUACUGUAUGAACAAAUUUCUUGCUUGGUCGGAGCACAGGUUAGAAGCGAAAUUCAACGAAUUGAAGCUGGCGUUAUGAACUUGUUGAGGAGCUGCCUUGAAUCUGAAGGCGGUUCGUCGACAAGUAUAAUAUCAGGCUAUGUUGACCAUCAUCAGAGUCUUUCAGCCGAAGACAAGGGAUGGGGAUGUGGGUGGAGAAAUAUCCAGAUCAUGAGCUCUCAUUUGUUGAAGCAAAGAGCAGAAACGAGAGAGGUUCUGUUUGGUGGCUGUGGGUUUGUUCCUGACAUCCCUUCACUUCAGAGAUGGCUUGAGAUCGCUUGGGAUAAAGGUUUUGAUGCUGUUGGUGCAAGUCAUUUCGAUGGCAAAAUUUAUGGUGUCAAGAAGUGGAUAGGGGCAUCAGAAUGUGUUACCCUCUUGCGCUCUUUUGGUGUGCGUGCAAGGAUUGUAGAUUUUGAUAGCACAGAAUCAUCGAGCCUGCAAGGUAAGAGCGGGAAACGAGUAUGUGGGCCCAUGGAUAAGUAUUUGAUCAAGACUAAUCCUCCUCCAAGAUCAUCGACUUGUGAACUUAGUCAAGAGGAUGCUGAGAACAUGAGAGGCCAGCAGGUCCUUGUCGACUGGGUAUGGAACUACUUUUCAAGCAAGCGUGCUGAUGUGUUACACAAUUCAAAGAAUGUCAUCAUCAGCGAUAAAACCCCAUUGUAUUUCCAACAUCAAGGUCAUUCGAGGACUAUAGUUGGGAUUCAAAAGCAAAAGGGUAAUCGUGGAUCUCAAGACCGAUAUAACCUUUUGGUAUUAGACCCUGGCCAUAGAACCGCUGAUUUAGAGAGGUCUCUUACAACCAAAAAAGGAUGGCCGAGGCUGUUGAAAAGAGGUGUUCACACCCUCAGGAAACCACAAUAUCAGUUGUGCUACGUGGAUCCUGGAAUUGCUUGUUCAGAAGAAACAGAGCAGCUCAAGACUAUUGACAGUAUCCUGAUCAGGUUCUAGAACGCUCGUAUGUGCAACGGGUAAUCAUCACAGUAGGUGGAUCAGAAUCGACGAUCUACACGAAAAAAAGAGCUUUUGUCCAUGUAUUAUGAAUCUGCUGGUGAUCUGUUGCAUUGGUGUUCUGUCUCAAGGCGGUUUCUUGUCACUUCUGAUGGCUCCGUGGCAACCUCCCUGGUGCUCAAAGGGAUGCCCUAGCUCCCCUCUUGCUCCGGAUUGUUCAGCUGGCCGUCGAUCAACUUGUUCUUCGAUGUAUAUUACACAGGGUCCCUUGGCGCCUCUACAAAGAAGCUCUGCUUCAAUGUGGCUUGCCGCAGUUCGUGCAAAAAAUUAGAGCGAUGAUUCGGCUAGCCCUAUAUAUAGCUCCCAUCACCUGCUGUAUCUCCAACACAAUUUGUUUGGGAUGUAACAGUGACAGUCUCGUGUUGGUUUUAAACACAUGUUUUUGCACAUCCAUUGGAAUUUGUUGCGCCGCUAUCCUUUGGGCUCUUGGGGUCUGUAUUCAUUGCAUGAAGCGAGCUGCGGGAUCUCACGGAGCGCACU